AUGAAGUCCAAUGUCUACUUAUUUACCAAGUUCAAAAAUGGCUCUUCGUUGUUUGUCCUGGUAUAUGUCAAUGAUAUAAUCAAUACUGGAGACUCUGAUGAUGCAAUUUUACUGGUGAUUCAACAACUGAAUAUCAAAUUUGCAUUAAAAAAUAAGGGUGAACUUCAUUAUUUUCUUGGGGUUCAGAUUACUAAGACUGCUAGUGGUGAUCUAGUGUUGUCACAAGAAAAAUAUGAUAAGGACCUGCUUAAGAAAGUAGAUAUGGAGCACUGCAAGCCUUGUUCUACACCUUUACCCUCCUCUAUUAAGUUUUCUGCUUUUGGAGGUUCAACAUUCAAGGACCCUAAACUCUAUAGAUCAGUGGGCAGUUUACAACAUCUCACUGUCACUCACCCGGAGUUAGCUUAUUGUGUAGGUAAGGUCUCACAUUUUAUGCAAAAUUCAUUAGAUGAACACUGA